ACAAUUCAUCUGCACACGGAGACAAAUCAUUCAGCUGUCACUACGCCCCCAAAUGCUCGCCAGCAUCUCUCGAUCCCUCGCUCGCCGUCGCCCGCCCCUUCAGCUUUCCGCCGUCGCUGCCGCAGCAGCAGCAUCAGCCAUGUCGUCGUCCGCCGCCGGCGCGAACGCCCCCGACCGUCCGAUCUCUCCGGACGCCACCCGCGUCGCCUGGGUGGGGACGGGCGUCAUGGGCCAAUCCAUGGCCGGCCACCUCCUCGCCGCCGGCUACGCGCUCACCGUCUACAACCGCACGCCCUCCAAGGCCGAGGGACUCGUAUCCCGGGGCGCCACCCUUGUGGAAAGCCCGCGCGCGGCCGCCGCCGCAGCCGAUGUCAUCUUCCUCAUGGUCGGCUUCCCGUCCGAUGUCCGCUCCACCUCCCUCGAUCCCUCCACCGGCGCCCUCGCCGGCCUCGCCCCUGGCGGCGUGCUCGUCGACAUGACCACCUCCGACCCCACCCUCGCCGCGGAGAUCGCUGAGGCCGCGGCCGCCGCAGGGUGCGCAGCCGUCGACGCCCCCGUCUCCGGCGGCGACCGCGGGGCCCGCAACGCGACGCUCUCCAUCUUCGCCGGCGGCGACGCGGCCGUGGUCGCCCGCCUCGCGCCCCUGUUCAAGCUGAUGGGCAACGCGCUCUACAUGGGCGGGCCGGGCGCCGGGCAGCGCGCGAAGCUGGGCAACCAGAUCGCCAUCGCGUCCACCAUGGUCGGCCUGGUGGAGGGCAUGGUGUACGCGCACAAGGCCGGGCUGGACGUGGCCAAGUGGCUGGAGGCCAUCUCCACGGGCGCGGCGGGGUCCAAGUCGCUGGACCUGUACGGGAAGCGGAUGCUGGAGCGAGACAUGGCGGCCGGGUUCUACGUGCGCCACUUCGUCAAGGACCUCGGAAUCUGCCUGUCGGAGUGCCAGGCCAUGGGGCUGGCGCUGCCGGGGCUGGCGCUCGCGCACCAGCUCUACGUGUCGCUGCUCGCGCACGGCGAGGGCGGCCUCGGGACGCAGGCGCUCAUCCUGGCCAUCGAGCGGCUCAACAACACCUGCCUUGACAAGAAACCGGAGUGAGCUCGCCUUCUCGGCGGUGUUCUCAGUUGUUCGACCGUGUAAUGUAAAUGGUGCGCACUGCUCCCAUUGUUCAGGGUUGGAUGCUUGCUUCGCCCUAUCUGUUUACAGUACACUGGUUAAAAGAUUCAGAUCAAUAAGAAGCAAACCCGGUGUUUCAGGCCUGAAUUUCGUAGGAUUUUCACGGAAAACAGUUCAAUUUGUGAAAUUACUUUAAAAAAAAUCAAAUGUCCGCCUCACUGUCGGUAUUAGCACACGUAGCUUAUUC